AUGGCCAAGGCGUACGAUCGAAUGGAGUGGUCUUAUUUACGCAAAAUGAUGCUGGCCCUGGGCUUCUCUAUGGGAUGGGUGGAUAUGGUAAUGAUGUGUGUGACAACGGUCUCCUAUAACUUUAUGGUGAAUGGCACGAGUGCAGGUCAGGUAACUCCCACGCGUGGUAUUCGCCAAGGAGACCCUUUAUCGCCAUAUUUAUUCAUUAUCUGUGCUGAAGCCCUUUCGUUACUUCUCCAGCAGGAGGCAGGGACUAUCAAGCAGUGCUUAAGCGAUUACGAGAACAUGUCAGGCCAGGCGGUGAACUACCAUAAAUUCAGCAUAUGUUUUAGUAGGAAUACUCCUGGUGUGGACAGAGAGGUUGUCGCCGGGAUUUUAGGAGUGGUUCUGGCUCCUAAUUUUGGGAAAUACCUGGGACUGCCAUCCUUUGUGGGGAGAGAGAAGAGGGUUGUAUUCUCAUAUAUUGAGGACAAGAUCAAGCACAGGAUUGGGUCUUGGAGCAAGAAGCUUGUUUCACAGGCAGGUAUGGAGAUACUCCUAAAAAGUGUAGCUCAGUCUAUGCCUACGUUUACUAUGAGCGUUUUUCUACUCCCUGACUCAGUCUGUUUAUCCAUUGAGAGGGUCAUGAAUCGAUAUUGGUGGGGAGCCAGGAAUGAAAAAGGGAUACAUUGGAAGGCUUGGGAUAGACUGUGUGUACCCAAGAAGUUUGGAGGGUUGGGGUUCAAGGAUCUGAGGGCUUUUAACCUGGCAAUGUUAGGCAAACAAACCUGGAGAUUUCUCACAAGGCCUCAAUCACUGGUGGCUCGUGUCUACAAGGCCAGGUAUUUCCCAAAGACCUCUUUUAUUGAUGCCACCCUAGGGAGUUGCCCAAGUUACUGUUGGAGGAGUGUUAUGGCUGCCCAUGAGCUGAUUUGUAGUGGUGUACGACGAAGGGUUGGGGAUGGAAGGUCUACUUUAAUCUGGGGCCACCCUUGGUUACCAGACGAACCUGACCCAAUGGUGCAGACAACUAUGCCCCAUGAGCUUGAUGGCUCAUUGGUCUCAGGGUUGAUUGAUCCCACUACUGUAUGGAAUGAGUCUUCUCUACAUGUUCCUAGUGUGGGAGGGAAUGAUUUCGGUGUGUGGUUUUCCAAUGAUAUCUCCAUGUUAACGGAAGAAAAUAUUCUCAAUGUUGUAACGCUGCUUUAUUACGUGUGGAAGGCCAGGAACACGACUGUUUGGGAGGGUUCACUUCCGCAUCCAAGGGCUGUAUGGCGGUCUGCACGGACUGCGGUGAUUGCAUGGCGCCACGUGCAUUCGUCACCCAAUCACCAUCAGCCGAACCAUGCUGCGACGGCGUUCCAGGAGCCCGCCACUGCCAUGCACUGCUACGUCGACGCGGGGUAUCAUCUUCAGUCCAAGGAGGCUACGGUGGGAGCGGUAUUACUGACGCAGAAUGGAGAUUUUAUUGCUGCAUUCAACGAUCGAUUACCACCUUGUUUUUCACCAUUAAUGGCGGAAGCUUUGGCAUGCAAAGAAGCCUUGUCGUGGCUCAAAGAUCGUGGGCUAACCUCGGUGCAUAUUUUUACGGACUGCUCAACUCUCAAGAAUUUAUUAUCUGCAUCUAGUUCUAAUCUUUAUUCUUAUGUUGGUUUUUCCAUUGAAGCCUCUAGGGCUAUUAUGUUAUCAUUUAUUCAUUGUUCUGUUAGUUUAAUUCCACGUAUUGCUAAUAGGGGAGCCCAUGCUCUUACGGCGUUGGCUCACUCGCAAACUUCUGCUUUGUACUGGGAUUCUUUUCCCCCUGACUCUAUUGCAGGGUUGAUUUAA